AUGUUGGUUUCGAGGGUUUUGUCUCGAAUUUCUCGAAGCGCAGGCUCACGCUCGUCGGUCGCCGCCGUCGCUUCACCGGCGAGGAAUCGGGUUCCGAUCUUCUCCGGCCAAUUUCAUUCCUUCGUUCAAGAAUCCCCCGCGAAUCUUGUUCUUGCUCAGGAUUCCCUUUUCAACCGCCUAACAGUAGAUUCCUUUGCGCUUCAAAGAUUUGAUUUUUCUUCCUCUGCAUCACCUGAACUCAAUGAAAAAGAGAAUAACACUGAAGCCUCGAGUGCCAAUGAAGCUGCUGGCGAUAAAGAUUCCGAGGCAGGGAAAGAUACAGCCGAUAAAAAAGAAUCAGGUCUUGAUUCAGAAUAUGGUGAUUCUUUGUCUAUUUCUGCUCAAAGAAGCCGGAGAGGUACUAAACAAACUGUUUUUUCCGAUUCAGAUUCUGAGGCCGACAUCGAUGAUUUGUCGAGGGAUGAUUUGGUGAAACUUGUGGCUGAGAAGGAAGAGCUUCUAGCAUCCAAGCACCAAGAGCUUGAACAAAUGAAAGACAAAGUUCUUCGUACUUACGCAGAGAUGGAGAAUGUCAUGGACAGGACAAGACGAGAAGCCGAGAACUCCAAAAAGUAUGCUAUACAGAAUUUUGCAAAGAGCCUUUUGGACGUGGCGGAUAAUCUUGGCAGAGCUUCUUCGGUUGUCAAGGAGAGUUUCUCAAAGAUUGACACGUCAAAAGAUUCAGCUGGGGCUGCUCCACUGUUGAAGACUCUACUGGAAGGGGUGGAGAUGACUGAGAAACAGUUAGCCGAGGUGUUCAAGAAAUUUGGGUUGGAGAAAUACGAUCCUAUGAACGAGCCAUUUGAUCCAAACAGACAUAAUGCUCUGUUCCAAGUACCAGAUGCCUCUAAGCCAGAAGGAACAGUUGCCCAUGUCUUGAAGCCUGGGUACAUGUUGUAUGAUCGAGUUAUAAGGCCAGCAGAGGUUGGUGUUUCUCAGGCAGUGGAGGGGCAAGAAGGCGGCGAGAAAGGAUCUGAAGCUUGAAAAAGUCACCAAUGGUGACUGGUUUCCAAAAUUUUCCUACAGAUCCCCUUCUCUGUUAAACUGCGUUUCAGAGUAAACUUGCACAUCUUUCUUGUGUCUUAGCCUUUCUGCUUUUUAGAGUAUUCAUUUCCUGAACACGAUUCCAUAAUCAUCUUUUGCUUGGGUAGGCAUUGUU